AUGCGUGAUAGUGGGACUAGCAGCACGAACCAAGAGGAGGACGCGGACGCGGGACACGACGAGCACGGCGAGCCGUGCGAACAGGGGAGGCAGGACGAGACGCAGGCUCACGACGCUCGCUCCGAGGCCUCCAGCUCCAGCAGCUCCAGCGCCAGCGGCUCCAGCUCCAGCUCCAGCGCCUCCAGCUCCUGCGCCACUAGCUCCAACACCUCCAGCGCCAGCACCUCCAGCUCCAGCGCCUCCAGCUCCAGUAGCGACAGCGCAAGCGCCUCUAGCACCAGCGGCUCCAGCAUCAGUACCUACAGCACCAGCUCCUCUAGCGCCAGUGGCUCGAGCUCAAGCGCCUCCAGCUCCUGCGCCACUAGCUCCAGCACCUCCAGCGCCAGCACCUCCAGCGCCUCCAGCUCGUGUAGCGACAUAGCCAGCGCCUCCAGCACCAGCGGCUCCAGCACCAGUACCUCUAGCACCAGCUCCUCUAGCGCCAGUGUCUCCAGCUCCAGCGCCUCCAGCCCUUGCACCACCAGCUCCAGCACCUCCAACGCCAGCACCUCCUGCUCCAUCGGGCCCACCUACCGUUGUGGUUACUGA